AUGAACGGUCAAGCUUGGUUGAUGUGGGCUUGCGCCCUGGCUCUCGCCUCCAUCGUCUUCAUGAGCGCGCCCACCGUGGGCCAGUCCACCUGCUACGCGCCCACCGCGCUCAACUUCACCUCGGAGGCGGGCAAGCUCUGGGUCAACGGCCAGCGCUUCCACCUCAAGGGCACCUCCUGGUUCGGCUUCGAGACCGCGGCCUGCACCGUGCACGGCCUGUGGGCCAACUCCUACACCUUCUUCCUGGACUUCCUGGCCGCGCAGGGCUUCAACGCCAUCCGCCUGCCGUUCCACCUGGAGCUGGUGCUGAACGAGAAGUCGCCCAACGGCAUCAACUACGGCGCCGGCGCCAACGCCGACCUGCAGGGCCUCAACUCCCUCCAGGUCAUGGACAAGGUCAUCCAGGGCGCCGCCGCCCGCGGUAUCGUGGUCAUGCUCGACCUCCACUCCUUCGCGCCCGACCAGUUCAUGAGCGACGGCCUGUGGUACAACGGGGCCAACCCCGAGUCCAAGGUCAUCGCCGGCUGGACCAAGCUCCUCCAGCGCUACAAGAACCAGUGGAACGUCGUCGCCGCCGACCUCAAGAACGAGCCCCACAGCUCCACCUGGGGCACCGGCAACACCGCCACCGACUGGAACCUGGGCGCCGCCCGCCUGGCCAACGCCAUCGCCAGCGCCGUGAGCGACCGCUUCCUUAUGUUCGUCGAGGGCGUGUCCAACUCGCCGCCGUGCCGCGAGAACUGCUUCUGGGGCGAGAACCUGACCGGAGCCCGCACCAACCCCGUGGUGAUCGACCACCCGGCCAAGCUGGUCUACUCCCCGCACGUCUACGGCCCCAACGUGUUCGGCCAGUCCUACUUCUCGGCCGGCAACUUCCCCGCCAACAUGCCCGCCAUCUGGGAGGACCACUGGGGCUUCAUCCCCGCCGCCACCGACCGCGCCUUCGUCAUCGGCGAGUGGGGCGGCCCGUUCAGCGGCAAGGACCGCGUGUGGAUGGAGGCCCUGGCGGCCUAUCUCAAGACCAAGGACUCGACCGGCCAGUUCUUCUGGUGCCUCAACCCCAACUCGGGUGACACCGGCGGCCUGCUGAAGGACGACUGGAGCUCGCCCGAUUCGGGCAAGCUGGCUCUCCUGGCUGACCUGGUCUCCGCGCCGACCAAGUUCGCGGUCAACGCCCAGGGUCAGGUCUGCAUCAACGGCGGCAACCAGCCGGCGCCCUCGGGUUCGGCGUCGCCUGCCGCGCCCAAGCCCUCGGCCUCGUCGUCCGCCGCUCCCUCGGCUUCGUCGUCUCCUGCGGCGCCCAAGCCCUCGGCCUCCUCUUCGCCGGCUGCGCCCAAGGCCUCUGCUUCGGCGUCGCCCGCCGCGCCCCAGCCGUCGGCCUCCUCUUCGCCGGCAGCGCCCAAGGCCUCUGCUUCGGCGUCGCCUGCCGCACCGCAGCCCUCGGCUUCGUCUUCCCCGGCUGCCCCUCGGCCCUCCGCCUCGUCGUCCCCCGCCGCCCCGUCCAACCCGCCCACCACUGGCGGAUUCAGCUUCUAUGUUGGCACGAGCGCCUGGUGGGUGGCGGUGACGAUUCCCGGCUCGGAGUCGGUCUCGAUCGACUGCGGCAACGGACAGGGCCUGGUGGUGAUGACCCCGGCCUGGCUGCCUCACAUGUGGACCUUCACCUCGACCAACGGCCACGCGUGCAAGUCGAGCCUCACCUUCGUCGUCAACGGCGGCGCGCCCCAGACCAUCACCUCCCCCUGGGCCUGA